CGAUUAAAAUGACGACGGACUAGGGGUAGCAGAGCUUAUGCUACAGAGCAUGAAGCGACCUCCUCCUUCUCUUCAAUACGUCGUCGUUUCCGCCGCACGCGCCACCGCAAUGUCUACGCGCCCUCCCUUUCGAGGCGGACGAAACCAAAGCAGGAGAGGCUACUCGAAUCGUCCGUUCUCCGGCGGCGACAGACCUCAGUACGUCACCGGAGACUCGCACAUCCGGUCCGUCCAGGACGCCAAUCUCACCUUCCGGCAAGGCGAUACCGGAAGCUACAACAGCCCCACCGGACACCACCGUCCGCGGCCACAGUUUACUCAGAACAAUAACUUCCGUCGCACUCCUCCGCCGUCGAGUUACAACAACCAGCCCUACCGUCCGCACCAGCAAUUCCGGCCGCCGCAGCAGCGGCCUCAGAAGCCGUUGGAUUACCGGAGCUGGGAGUAUGCCAAGGCCACACCGCCUCCUAAUUCUGAGAAAUUUACAGUGAUUUCGUAUAAUAUAUUGGCUGAUUACUUGGCUAAUGAUCACCGGAGUAAGCUUUACUAUCACAUUCCGAGGCAUAUGAUGGACUGGCAAUGGAGGAAGAAGAAUUUGCUUUUCGAGCUCGGCUUGUGGUCAGCUGACAUAAUGUGCCUUCAGGAGGUUGAUAGAUUUCAGGAACUUGUGGAUGAGUUGACGCCUCGGGGGUACAGUGGCGUAUGGAAGAUGCGAACUGGAAACCCUUUAGAUGGCUGUGCGGUUUUUUGGCGAUCAUCAAGGUUCAAGUUGCUUCAUGAGGAAUGCAUUGAGUUCAAUAAGCUUGGACUUCGGGAUAAUGUUGCUCAGAUAUGUGUGCUGGAGUCAUUGCGUCAAACUUCGAAGGGAAAUAAUGCAUCUCUACCAACAAGUUCACCAGGUUCCCAUAAAGUUGUUAUUUGUAAUAUUCAUGUGCUUUACAAUCCUAGACGAGGAGAAAUUAAGCUUGGCCAGGUAAGGGUGCUUCUGGAGAAGGCUCGUGCUGUAUCAAAAUUCUGGAACAAUGCUCCCAUUGUUCUUUGUGGUGAUUACAAUUGUACUCCGAAGAGUCCGCUAUAUAACUUUAUUUCAGAACAGAAAUUAGAUUUGUCUGAAGUGGAUAGAGAUAAGGUAUCAGGGCAAGCUUCAGCUGAAAUUGGCCCACCUAGGUCAUUUAAUCCUAGUUACAGGGGUCAGCAUGCUCACAAUUUUGUUCAAGGUUCACCAAAGGCAGAAGUGAAGGAUGCUGCAUCAAAGUUGAAUGAUUUAACCUCAGAUUCACAGAACCAGAAUAAUCCAGAACUCGGUGUAGGGGAUACUCCGUUGAUGGAAAAUGUGUUUUAUCCUCAAUUGAGCAACACUGGAGACAUCUCUGAUAAGUCUUACAUCGAUGUUCCUCAUGAAAAAAAUGAUGGUGGCUUCAAUGCUCAAGAAAGCAACGAAACUAAGAAGAAUGCUGUGAAUUUCUCCACGGUUGAGGUUGGAUCAGCUUUCAAUGUUCAGGAUGAUGGAUCUGAGGAGGAUUCAAGUACUCCAUACAGUGAAGGUGACUUGUCUGCAAAUCUGAAUGAUGGGAUUCAUGCUCAUUCUCCUUCAGUAUCUUCCCAUUCUGAAAAGGUUAAUUCUGAUGUGACUGAGAUUGGAUACAAGGACAGCAUGGAGCACACCUCUGAUUCAUAUGAUGACCCAAAUGCUUGCGUAGAAACUGAAAGCAUGAACUGUGGUGUCCCUGAACUUUCCUGUACAAAGGAUAAUGUGACUACUGGGGACGGUUGUAAUUCAGAUUAUGCGGAUCCUUUCAAUUCGAAAAGUCCUUUGUCUGAGGUCUCUGGUCAGGUGGCCUUUGCUGAUGCUAUUGAAAGCCCCACAUUGGGGAAUUUGGGACCUUUGCCAUCCAAAGACGAUUCUGUAGUUGAGCAGGAUAAUGCUUCAGCCCAACAUACAGUAAAUAUCUUCUGUAAAUCUACUAGUGUAGACCUUGAAGUGCAGAAAAAAAUGGAAAAUCUUUCUCUUACUGAACUUGAUGAAGACAUUCCAGGAAAUGAGAACACAGCUGAUGAUGAUAUAGCAUUUUUAUCGGCAUCACACAACACUGGAGAUGGUUUCACAUCUAUUGCUUCUGAUCUUCCAAUGGACAUGUUUCCUGCAUCAACUGAUAGAAUUGAUGAUAGUUUAUCUUCAGGAUUGUAUUCAGAGACAGUUGGUAUGGAAGAAUGUACUUAUGAUCCAGCACUAUGGACUCCAAUGGAAAUAGAAAUUGCUACAGGCAAUGGAGAGUGCACUCUUUUGGAGCAUCCUUUGAAGCUUAGGAGCACAUAUACUGAAGUUGAGGAUUGUAAUCGGACUAGAGACUCAAGUGGAGAGCCCCUUGUGACCAGUUAUAAUAGGUGUUUUUUUGGCACGGUAGAUUACAUCUGGCGGUCUGAAGGUCUGCAGACUGUCAGAGUCCUCGCUCCAAUUCCAAAACAUGCUAUGCAGUGGACUUCAGGGUUCCCAACCAGGAAAUGGGGUAGUGAUCACAUUGCCUUGGCUACUGAAUUGGUAUUUACGAAGUGCUCAGACCAAUCAUAAGUAUAACCAGCACAAUAGUCUUGACAUUUGAAGAGUGCUCGGGGAGAGGUCCAAAUCCCCUCACGUCUCGUCGUACCUCCAAUUACCUCUGCUUCUUAUAUUAGGCUCUAGGAGUGUCUCAAUCACUUGAUUCUCUUCCAAUAAUUUGAUGGUAGUGUUGACUGUUGAGUCUCUUUCAGCAACCCGGUAUAUAGUACAAUUUUGGCCUCAACUCUUGUACAUGUUUUGCUAUUUGGAGUAGAUUUCUGAUUUAGAACUGGUCAUUGACCUGGUCCUGAAUUUACAUUUAUUUGUAUCAACUCCAUUUAACUGACUUAAGUAGUUAAGUUAGUUGUCAGGUUAGUACAAUCCAUCAAGUUGGUGAUGGCUCUCAGGUUACUAUACCAUUGGUUGUUUCAUAAGUUGGC